ACGAUAUCGUACUUGGCACGAACCAAUUCCUCUUCAUUCGGAUGUCGCGAAGAUUUCAAAAUUCCCACAGCGAGUUUUCUUCUUCUUCUGCCUCGUUUUAAAAUUAGGGUUUUCUGGGAUUCUCGUAUCAAUUGAUAAAGCUAUGGCUGAAGGAGAAGACGCAGGAGAGGUCAGAAACGAGGAAGAUCUUUCCCCUGAAUGUUUGGCCUGGGCUGAUUCCUGCAUCGUCAGUUUCCCAGAUGAUUCAGACAACAAUAACUGGGGAAACUUUAGAGAUGCUUUGACAGAAAUCAUCGAUAUCCAUCCCGAGAUAUUCGUUCCUUCAUCAACAGGAACAGCAAGUGUCCCGUCUCCAGACGAGGAUAUGUCGGAAGCCGAGUCAAUUGAUAUGCGGGAAGCUGAUUCAGCCAAUAUUAGAAAUAAUUCAUCGAAUGAAGAAGUCAGCGAGAUUGUCUCUUUGCUAACGUUUGAAUCAGAUCCCUCAAAGAAUUCCUUACAAGAUCAUUACUUCCCAGAGUCAGUGGCAGAGAAUGGAAGAACCGUCGAACCGGUGGACGAUCAUGCUAGAGAUCUUGAAGGCGUUGAAAGUAUAGAAGACGAUGGUUCUGUGAGCAAUGGAGGGGCGGAGGCAGAAACGUCUCAAGUCUUCAAGGACGAUUUCAUGAGCACAUACAUUCAAGACAACGUCGCCGAUUUUCAUGUUUCACAAGAUCCAUUUAAAGUAACUCCACAAGAAAUCUUCAAGGUGUGGGAUCUUGAGAUCGUGGGGGUCGAUGAUGAUGAGGAAGAUGGGCUAGUGCUGCAACUGAAGAAAGCACUCGAUGAGUCUUCCACGGUUCAGCCACUGAAUGAUGAUCAAGUUGUUGCGGGGAACAGUAGUAUCGAUGAUCUGAUAGCUGGGAUCUCGGAUCUCUCUCUCACUGAAGCAUUUGUAAAUUUAAAUGAAUGAUGAAGUUAAGUUGGAGUAUAUGUUUAUUUGACAUCAGGAACUCUCUUUUAUGCUUUAGUAGUCCUAGAACCGGCACAAACCGGUUUGGAGAUCUCGAAACCUGCUAGGCCAGACCGGAGGUUAUAAGGGUCACUCUGGUUCCACGACCCAC